AUGAAUUUAGCAAAUAUCUAUACUGUAUUACUAUUUUAUAUAUAUGUUUCUACACUAUAUUGUGAAAAACAGUUAUUAUUGACACCAUAUAUCAAAUCGGGUGACAUAGCAAAGGCCCGAUCACUGAGUCGGGUGACAGCACUGCCCAAUGCACCCAAUGUUGAGUCAUAUACUGGGUUUAUAACCGUCGACGAGAAAUACAAUAGUAAUACGUUUUUCUGGUUUAUACCCGCUUUUAAAAAUCCCAAAACUGCACCGGUAUUAGUAUAUACUGAGGGUGGACCGGGWACCUCAUCAAUAAUGACAAUGUUUAAGUUUGGAUCAUUCAAUAUAGACAAUAAAUUAAAUGUAACAAUAAAUCCAUUUGCAUUUAAUCAAGAGUUUUCAAUUAUAUAUGUGGAUAAUCCMGUGGGAACWGGAUUUAGUUAUACCGAUAAUCCCAAUGGCUAUUCAACAGAUCAGUUGACUAUCACUAAAAAUUUAUACGAAUUUCUACAACAGUUUUACAUUGUUUUUGAUGACUACCGAAGCAAUGAUUUAUAUUUAGGCGGAUUGUCUUAUGCGGGAAAAUAUGUGCCAUCAUUUGGUCACUACUUAAUAAAAAUGUCACAAAUUUCUAAAUUGAAUUUCAAAGGUAUACUCAUUGGCAAUGGUUUGACUGAUCCAAUCACUCAACUGACAUACGAUAAGACACUAUUGAGUUUGGGAUUAAUAGAUGAAAAUGAAGCCAAAGAAGUGCAAAACAUUCAAAAUCGGAUUAAAGGUUUUGCAAAAUCCARAGAUUAUCGCAAAGCAUCGGAAUUGAUGGAAAUGUUAGUGUUGUCACGAAUCUGCUAUCUAAGCAACACAACUGGUUUUAGACUGUUUUACAAUAUGCAUGAGUCGGGCGGUGACCUAAUACAGUCACUGAGUUAUGUCGACCAUUAUUUAGGACAACCGUCGGUUCGCAGUGCUAUACAUGUCGGUAAUGUUGUCUAUAAUAUGUCGAGUCAUGAAGUCUUUCAAUACAUGUAUGAAGACAUGAGCCGAUCGGCUGAACCAAAUCUGACGGCAAUUAUUGAUAACGGAUUAAAAGUAUUGUUAUUUACCGGAAAUUUUGAUAUUCUGGUUGGCGUCGAGUCUACCAAUGGAUUACUGAUGAAUAAAAAUUGGAAAUAUUAUAACGAUUACAAUAGAGCCAAACGAGACAUUUGGAGAGUCAAUASAAACGACACACAAAUAGCCGGUUAUGCAAAAAGUUUCGGUAAUUUUACUCACAUUAUCGUACGUAAUGCCGGUCACGUUUCACCAUUAGAUCAGCCCAGGGCUACACAGGAUAUGGUCAUCAGAUUUCUCAAAUCUAUACCCUUUGGACACUAAUAUAAAAUU